CCAACCGGGCAUGCGAUCAUUAUUUGGCAUUCGACAGCUUGCCGAUGGAUGAUGACCGGAGUCUCCCAGCAGAAGCUCCCCUAGAAACCAUGGCUGCAGGAUGAAACUGGUGUUCCCAGAUGACCGUGAUCAGGACAAUCGCGGUACAGGAAGAGGCGAACCGUCCUAUGCUCGACCGAACAAGAUACCAAGAUCGCGCAUGGCAUGUUUACCGUGCCGUGCGAAGCGAUCAAAAUGUGGGACUCGACCCCCUGGUCCAUGUCAGAAUUGUAUAGAGAAACAGGUCCAAUGUACAUGGCCAGAGGUAGAUGGCAGAUCAGCAAGAGGCAAGAAUCAUACCAGCUCGACGGGUCGAUCACAGGCGACUGCAUCUUCAUCUAGCAGUGCACAUCAAGGUCAACAGCCGUCAUCUCAACCGCCUCUUUAUGAUGCGGCUCGACACAAUGUUGCAGCCCACGUCGCGAAUGCUCCGUCACUUUCCAACGAGACCUAUGGUCAACCUGAUUCAUUUCAUUGGAAUGAGCCGCCGAACGCCUACGGAGCCGGCCCCUCCAGUCAGAUGCGUGAUACCAGUGCCGUGAGACCGGCACAAGACCCGGCUAUGAUGGUCUAUCCUCCACUGUCCAAAGACAAGACAGAGUUCUGGUCAAACGAUUCAAUAUGGGACACGUUCACCUAUCCACUCUCUCAACAAGUCAAUGAUCGGCCUUUACCAGCUCCUACGCCUCAUCCAACCAACUCGGCUGAUCAACUUCAGCCCCAACCUCAAGGGUUGAACGCACACAUUACUCCCAUCAAUGUACCUCCUACUGUCGACCCUCAACAAUUGGUCUGGGCCUUCAGCUCGAGACUGCCUUCUGUAGAAAUGUCGGGACUGUCCUCGACGGAAAAUACGCCUCCAGGCCAGCCUGUUGUGCAUCCACCGGGCAAACAUGAUAAACAGAAACCGAAAGCAGACGAUCAGAUUGUCAAAAUCACCUGGUGGAGACCUCAUGGAAAGACUGCUAUCGCCCCAGGCCUCCGGAAAAUCACCCUUAAAGUCAAGAUUGAUCGACAGAGCACGACGUCACAGAAUGUCUCUCCAAUCAACGAUUUACAAGACUUUGACCCUGGAAUCGACAUCUUUGAGCCCAAUGGAAUGCCCGUGAAACCGAUCAUGCGGCACAUCUUGCAGAUCUUUUCCACUCACUACGAGUGUUGUUUUCCGUAUCUGGAUAGCACGUCUUUGCUGCAACAACUGGAAACCGACACGGGAUCCGUAUUCCUGUUCAACAGUAUCGCUGGCUUCGUCGCAAGAUUCUCCAACAGUCCGUAUAUCGCUCGACCUGGCUUGGAGCCCUGCGAAUAUGGCAACGUCUUUGGCGAGAGGGCCAAAUCGAUGCUUGGUAAAAUGUUCGCCGUGCCGAGUUUGGAUACCAUUGCAGGAGUCUGUGCGUUGGCCUGGAGCGGAGCCGGCAACAACUCGGAAUCCGAGCUGUGGAUCAUGGUCGGGAUCGCCGCUCGGAUGAGUAUCGACCUCGGUUUGCACCUGGUUGAUCAUUCUGAACGACCUGCAGAAGAGAAACGCCGCAACAGGUUGCUAUUCUGGGCAGUCCUGAUGCUUGACUAUUCGCUCUGUUUUGAAGUCGGACGACAGACGACUUUCCCACACGACAGUAUCACUCAGACGUAUCCGACAGAAGAGGAUAUACCCGAACAAAUGUACCUCCCUAUCAACACUGGAUCCACUCAGCUCGUUGAACGAUCACCUUUUCUCUACUCCACCCGACUGUUCUACCGAUUUGGAGCACUCAUCAACCUCUUGAAUCGCGAUCAUCCCACCACAGAUUCGAGCGAAUGGAAUGCUACCCUGCAGAGGUACUUGACCGAGCUCAUGGAUGAGUAUGCUUCUCUGCCAGAGGACAUGGUUUGGAAUGUCAACAACCUACAGCUGCACAGUCGCGCGAACAGAGCUACUGUAUAUGUCUGGCUUCAUCUGUGGGUUCACACAGUUUUGGUCUCUCAAAGCUUACUGGAGUCAGAUCGGCCGCGUACAUCAUCUGGCCCUUUCCGAGGCAUGUCACUUGCCGUUCAACUUCAUGGGAUGCCUCUUUCGGCAGUCUGGAGCAAUUCUGCCAGAAUCAUCGGAGAGAUACUAGUACUGUGUGACAUCGUUAAUCCGUGGGCGUACAUUCCGCUAGAGCUGGCAAAUCAAUCGUUGUUCGUCGCUGCGAGCUACUAUGUCAGGGAGAUCGAAUUGCUUGGUUCAACAUCUGGCUCGUCAAAGGAUGAUCAGGGCCUGGACCGACGACUGGGACACACCUUCUACCCCUUGGAACCAAACAAUCACUCAUCCGCUAUUUUGGCGGAGCGAGACAGACAGAAUGAGCUAUCGCGAGCAUUGCUCGUCAGUGUUGCCAAGGAAAGCGUGAUGACACUACAAAAAGGAUUGGAGAGGCAGACAAUCUAUUGGAACUCGACCCGAUGGAUAGCUCAGACGCUGGCACAACGUGUACAGGGGAUCUCUGUGGUCGAUCUGGACCUGGAAAAGAUCACGGCGAAUCUGGAAACUUCGGUGUCAAAUCCUGAUGUUGGAUUAGUAGACAGGGAGGUGGUUCGAAGCAACAGGAAGGAGUGAGAGGGGAAAAAAGCCACUGUAGCAUCAUUUGAACGUCUGAUUGAGGACCAAAACACCUGUUCAGCCAAGACAAGGCUACAUCGCAUGAGACUCUAGGGAUUUCGCUGGUAUCUUGUCAGGUUGCCUAGGACCCACGCUUGCGUCUUCGCUUUGCAAACUCCUGGUCGUAGUGCGACUUGAUAGCUGGCAUAUUG